AUGGCAGCCUUCUGGUCUGAUGCCAGAAAUGUGUCAAUACACGACGGACAUGCUGAAAAUCAGGCGCUGCAAGAGCUCUUGCACUUGGUGGAACAGCCACUUCCAAAGUGGGUAAAGAAGGGUCCUUAUCCGACCACAUGUAUCCAUCUCUCUUAUCUAGUCUGUGAGCUGACGAACCGGAAAUCAAGUCGUCACCAGACUCGGUCAAACAGGAACGAUGAACUUGCCUCAUUAUUCAUUCUUGCUCUGGAGAGUACGGACACGAUUCGAAGAUGUUGGAGUGACGGAAGGAAAGAAUACAUCGGCGCACACGUUAUUAUUUUGAUUACCAGCAUUUUCCGUCAAUUGAAUCCGGAUUGCAUCGCACUAGAAAACGCGUUCGUACCGCUUCCUAAACAUCCAGUCUGUGGAUAUAACCCUCUUAUGGACUACACGCCCCGCUUCUCAGUAGUUCCUCUCAUGUUCUUUCUGUUCGUCCGAAGUCAAUGA